AUGGACGGCUCCAGCGAGGAUGCCAGAAGCACUGCAGCUGCAGCCAGCAGUCUCGAAGGGCAGGCGUCGGUUGGGACCCGCAUCUUCGAGAUCAACGUGAAACAAAUCGACGGGUCCACAACGCCGGUCACAGUGCGCUCCUCCUUCAACGGCUGGGCUCUGAAGCAGCUCUUAGCCGAGAAGCUGGGCGUGCCGGCAGACAGGCAGCGCUUGAUCUGCCGCGGCCGUGCCAUCCAG